AUGAAGGCACUGAAGCAGAAAUUGCAAAGGCAUUCCUGCACCCGACAAUGGGUCGGUCUGGAGUCCGACAAGAGCGCCGUGUCCUCGGAUGAGCAGGAGCUACGUCAAGAGCUGGAGUUUCAACAGAAGGUGACUGAGGCUCUGGACGCCUAUGGCAAGGUGCUGGAAACUGCUUCCUACAAUCUGCUGGAAGCUCAUCAGUCCCUGAUAGAUUUGGGACUUGAAGCCCUCUGCCCAGAGUUCUCCGCUUUGCACCGAGCCUUGCGCUCCCUGGUGACCUCCCUGCGUGAGGGCGCCAGCGCUGUGAAGCCAUCGUUGCAAGCGCAUGGCGCACAGCUGAUGACCUGUGCACAGAAGGUCAAGGAGGUGGAUGAGGCACGUGCCCUGCAGAAGCACUAUGAGGAUAAGGUCACCACGCUGGACGAGGAGGUGAAACGGAAAGGCUCUCCAGCCCUCCAGUCAAAGGUGGACCGCAACCAUGAGAAACUACAGCAAGCCUCUCAGUCCUCCAAGACGGCUGAGGCUGCGGCACAGGAGUCCCUGCGUGCCUGCUGGGCCAAGCGCUCGCGCUUGCGGGAGAUUUCCGACACAUGGAGUUCCACCCUCUCGGGUGCCCUCCAAACCGCCUCCGCCCUGGCGCGUCCUGCUGAGCCACCGGCCGGCUACGCCGAUGCCCUGAACCCCUUCACCGACGAUCUCCUCAACGAUGCUUCGCCCGCCUCCGCCCACGCGGCUGUGGCACCUGCGGCAGCGCCCGCUCCCGAGACACGCGCGGCCUCGUCGACGACCCCGCCGGCCGCGGUCACGGCCGCCGUCAGCGUGGCGGUGCCGGAGCUGGGCGUGGCCACCAACCCGUUUGAUGCGGAGAGUGAUCGGGAAGAAGAGGCAGGAGAGUGGAAGCAGUUGGAGUCGGAGAGUGAGAACAGCACUGGUAAAGCAGAGAAGGCCCACGAUGCAGAGGAAAAGAGGAAGGCUUUUGGGAGUGUGAGCUGGAGCUUGGGCUAG